UGUUCAAAGUCCUAUUUCCUGUCUUCUUUCCAAAAAGAAAUUAUUUUUCACCAAAAAAAAAUGAUGAGGACAGUAACAAUUAAGCAACAGCAGCAAAUGACGAAGGAGAUUGAAGAACAGUUGGGAAAUGGAAGGUUCAAUUACUUGAGAGUGGUUUAUCCAAAGGACAGCAAUAUUCACACACAAGAGAGAAUAUUAGAAAAUAGUUUUAUAUCUCACAAGAUAGACGGACGCUUUUUUUCCCUUUUUCUUCCUACAAAUAAAUCAGGUAAAGCAAGAAUCAAUUCAAAAGGUGAGAUGAAAGUAUGAAGCCAAGUACAGAACUGGAAAUAGCGUUGGUUAUAUCAACAAGCAAUGAACAACAGCAAAGAGUGAUGUUUUAGCUUGAAAUGUAUGGAAAAUCAAAAAAGAAAAGAAAGAUGAAGGAAAUUAUGCGAAUGACUGAAUUAACACAAUUGAGGUAUGAUUCUUUA